UCUCAGUCCACUGUGAUGUUGGUCCUCAACAAUACUAGUACUCAACCCGUGAUCUUCUUUCUGACUGGUAUCCCGGGCCUGCCAUCAGGCCAGGUGUGGAUCUCUAUUCCUUUUUGUCUCCUGUAUGCCAUUGCCCUCUCUGGAAACAGCAUGAUCUUGUUGGUGGUCCUCCGUGAACACAGCUUGCAUGAGCCCAUGUAUUACUUCCUUGCCAUGCUUUCUACUACAGACCUGAGUUUGUCACUGUGCACACUUUCCACAACUCUUGGUGUCCUCUGGUUUGAAGCCCGGGAAAUCAAUUUAAAUGCUUGCAUUUCUCAGAUGUUCUUUCUCCACAGCUUUACUUUCAUGGAGUCUGGGGUUCUGCUGGCCAUGGCCUUCGAUCGAUUUGUGGCCAUCUGUGACCCACUGAGAUACACCACCAUUCUCACCAACGCCAGGAUUGCCCUGAUUGGGGUGAUUGUUUUGAUAAAGAAUGUUGCUGUUAUGGUGCCAGUUGUACUAUUUGUCAAGAAGCUGUCCUUCUGCAAAUCUCUCAUCCUUUCACAUUCUUAUUGCUACCAUGUUGAUGUCAUUCAGCUGUCAUGCACAGACAACAGAAUCAACAACAUCCUUGGUCUGUUUACAAUCUUCUUCACUGCAGGGUUUGACUGUUUUUUUAUAUUGCUCUCCUAUAUUCUCAUCAUAAGGUCUGUCCUCAGGAUUGCUUCCUCAGAGGAGCGACAGAAAGCCUUCAAUACCUGCGUGUCCCACAUCAGCGCUGUUGCCAUCUUCUACAUUCCUCUCAUCAGCUUGUCUCUUGUCCGCCGUUAUGGUCAUUCAGCACCAGCAUUUGUGCAUACCAUCAUGGCCAAUGUCUUCCUGCUCAUCCCUCCUGUUCUCAAUCCUAUCAUUUACAGUGUGAAGACUAAACAGAUUCGAAAGGCUAUCAUGAAGGCCUUAAUUCAGAAGAAAUGUCAAAUUUAA